AUGUCUACUAUCUUGAUUUCCGGUGCCAACAAAGGAAUUGGCCGCGGUCUUGUCGCCAAGUACGGGGCACGCGAUAAUGUGACCGUGAUCGCAGCCGUCCGCAACCCAAGCUCACCGGAGGCAACUUCUCUCUCUGACUUGCCCACGGGGAAGGGUAGUCGACUGAUUAUUGUCAAAAUCGACGCCAGCUCUGACACCGACGCGAAAGCUGCAGUAGAGUCAUUGUCAAGCCAGGGUGUGUCGGCUCUGGACAUCGUUAUCGCCAAUGCGGGUGUCUUCGACACAGACGCUUUCACCACCGUAGCCGAUUCUACCAUUGCGCAGAUCCAAACCCAUCUAGAUGUCAACACUGUAGGACCUGUACGCCUCUUUCAGGCUACACUCCCUCUCCUCAAAAAGUCGUCCUCUGCUCGCUUCAUCCUGAGCAGUAGUCUUAUGGCAACGAUUGGAGGCAUCAAAGACAUCCCGAUCAAAAUUGCUCCUUAUGGUGCUAGCAAGGCUGCCGCAAACUUCUUUGUCCGGAAAAUUAACUUUGAACAUGAUGAAAUUGCGACCUUGGCUAUCCAUCCUGGGGCCGUCAAGACAGAUGCUGGAAAUGCCGCUGCCCGAGCUGUGGGUUACCCCAGCGCCUUCGUUGAAGUUGAGGACAGCGUGAAUGCAAUUGUCACCAAAAUCGAUGGCUUGACCAAGGAGAACGGAGCGGGAGAUUUCUGGGGGUUUGACAACACCCUCAUCGGCUGGUAG